AUGGACAGAACAAGAGGAUUGUCAGCCCAAGUUCAACCGGGAAUCUCAACCCUGUUGCGGACGAUGGAGAUAAGUGCUACAGAAGAGGCAGAGAAUGCUAUUCAGAAGCUGGCUACACAGUUGAUCGUUGGAAUUGUUGAGGACAGUCGGAAGGUUGCACAACAUUGUGAUAGACGCGAAAUAAACUUUCAGGAUGUUAAACACGUGUGUGAUGAGUUGAGUAAGUCAAUUUUUAUUAGAAUUUUUGUUGUUUUAGGUUUGGAUUGGAUGCUGAAAUUUAUGUUCUUCACUUGUAAUUAAUGAUAUUUCUGUUUUGUUACCUAAACCAAUGAAAACACUUGAUUUUUUUUUGAAGAAACUGGCGGUAAAUCGAGGUUAAUAAUCAAGUUUAUUAAUUUUAAGAUAAAAAUACAUUUUUGAGGACUUAUUCUUAUCAAGAUUUGAUCUUUUCAGCCGAAAUCAUGAAUCCACGCCCAUGUUAUGGUUUAUAUGGAUUAAUAAAUCAUGUGAACAACACAGAGCUCCCUAAACCAAGCUAUACUACUGGGAUGCCAUUCCGAUGCCGUGAUGCGUUAUUUCAACCGGAAAUGGCAUUGGUCGAUGAUAUAAAUGGCGUGGAACAAGUUCAACUACCAGAAGUUGAACAAAGACGAGUUCAACAAGUUCAACCAAGAGUUAAUCCACGUCAAGGUCAGCAAAAUAGUGGUAAUUUGCUUCAGCAUAACUUUGGGACUCCACUACGGGAUAAUGUUGGUACUCCGCUUCGAACGAACAUUGGUACACCCAUGCAGAGUAUUAUUGGUACUCCUCUUCAGAGUAAUAUUGGUACUCCUCUGCAGAACAAUAUCGGUAAUCAACGUCAAAUUCAGCCAAAUGUGAGCAAUCAAGUUCAACAACGUCUACAGAACAUUGGUAAUCAAGUACCGAGGAUCGUCACGAAGCAGCUUCAGCCGAAUGUCAGGACUCCGCUUCAGAAGCAGGUGAAUACUCCGCUCCAAGCCAUUGUUAAUCGACGUCAGCAGAAUGUCACUCCUCAAGCUCAGAAUGUGGUUCAGCAACUUCCAUAUCCAAACGUCAAUUUGGCUCAGAAUGUCGAACAUCGUGCGCCGCUUCAGAAUCCGGAUCCCGCGUUUGAGGAGGAGAAUGUUGGACCGUCGAAUCAGAGUGGUAAUCGACCGAAUAAGCCUAGGAAACUGGACUUUAAGAACGCUUUUCAAUCGGCUUCGACUAUGAAGGUGGGUGAUAGUUAUUGUAGUAGUAAAAUUUUAUUAAAGAGGUCUUCUUGUAUACAUUGACAUGAAAAGUCUUCUUUUAGGUAUAUAUUGACAUACAAACUCUUCUUGUAGGUAUACCAUAACAUGAAGAAUUUGUUUUUUUCCUCUUAUGUACUGUAAUAUGAUAAAUAAUGUCCUUGUCAUACUGUGACAUGAAGAAUGUUUAGCUAAUUGUCCAUAACACUUCGUCUGCUCCAAACUCUCCAGACCCGGUCAAUAGCAAGGCUGGCAAAAGCUUCACUUUCAAGAAAUAA